GAAUCAAUGGAAAAGAGAAAUAAACUUAAACGAUCGCAAUCUGAAACUAACAUGGAAUCUAGUAGAGCCAGGCUUCAGGGAUCUCUGCGCUCCAGAUCUCAAGAAAGCAGACGAAGUACCAGGGAAUCUCCACAUAUUCCUCUUGAUCCACUCAUGGAUAUUUCAUCGCAAGCGGAUUUGGAGGAUUUGCCAUCAAGAAGAAGUUCAAUCAGCACCAUCGGCAGUGCAGAACUAUCUGAAUCUGAUUCUAAUUCGGAAUCCGGCUCUCAAACUUCUGGCUACACCACCGAGAGCAGUUAUCAAACGGCCUCUGGUUACGAACGCCUUCCACAGACAAGCUCAUAUGCCAGUAUCCAGACUUCACCGCAUGCGGAUUUCCUACGGGAGAUUCACGUGGCUAUUGAUACUAUGGCCACCAUAGAGGAGAUUCAUUCUGUUCACCGAGAUUUAAGGGAAUUGCUAACCAACGAGAUGGGUUUGAUCGGAGGCACAAAUGGGCCAGUCAUCUACUUAAUAGCAUAUAACUAUAUGUAAUCGGUUGAAGAGGUAUUCAAAAUUGCAAAACUGAAGGAAGCACAUCUUUAAAACUUUAAUUUAAUUUAUUUUAUCGCAUUUAAUUAAGACCCAGUUCAAAGCUUAAAUAAAUAUGAAAUAAAAUAUA